GGCUAGUUAAUUUUUUCCUGCAAUGCAACUUUAGUGCUGCUACUUUAGUGUUGAUAUACUUCAUGAGUUUGUGUAAUUUCAUAUGGCAGCCUAUAAUGCUGCUACUUGUAUUAUGAGUGAAAUUUUGUUGCCAUAUCAUGUUAAAAUCAUUUUCUACUCACACAUUAUUGUUAGUGUUGAUGUGUGUUUGUAACUUUGUGUACAUAGUAUUAUGACUACAAAGAGAAAAAUUCAUGUUGAUGAAAUUCAAAGAUAUAAAGCUAGUUGGACGGAUCUUAAAGUUAACGAAAUAUUCAUUCAAGCAUGUAUGGAUCAAGUUACGAAAGGUGAGUGCAUUGGAACUAGCUUUACCAAGACGGGUUGGAAAAACAUUGUUUCUCAAUUUAAUGGAUCAUCUGGGAGAAAUUAUGACAAGACAAAAUUGAAGAAUAGAUAUGAUAGCUUGAGAAAGGAAUGGAGAGCAUGGUUUAAUUUAUUUGGAAAAGUUACCGGAAUGAGGUGGGAUAGUGAGAAGAAUUCAUUUGAUGCACCGGACGAGUGGUGGGAGAAAAAACAAUUGGAAAAUCCUCUAUAUGGAAAAUUUAGAGAGAAAGGACUUCCAUUUGCUAAUCAACUAACCACACUUUUCAAGGAUGUGGUGGCUAAUGGUGAGUAUGCUUGGGCACCUUCAAGUGGUAUAUUGCCCGAUGAGGAUUGUGGUAACGAUGUUGAUGACUUAGGUCCAUGUCCUAAUAAUAUUGGCUUGGAUAUGGAAGAAGGAUCGGGUGAUAGUGAAGAUGUAAGUAUUGGAGCAACGGAAGAUUUUUCAAAUAUUAAUUUGAAUACUUCCCAAGGGGUUGCUAGCCAAAGUAGUGGACAAAAGAGAAAGAGAGCUAGUGGUGUUGAAAAGAAAACCAAGAAAAAGAUAACUCCCUCAUCAACAAUAGCUGAAGUUGUUAGUGUGAUUGCGGAAACAUGUAAGGCACGAAAUGAUGCUAUAACUAGUACAUCUAUUGGUGAGGUGAUGGCCACACUCCAUACCAUGGAUGAAAUUACAAGUGAUAUAGACUUGUUGACAAAAUGUUGCCAACUAAUGAUGUUCAAGCCUGCGAGGGAGAUGUUUGUUUCCUUUAAAGGUUUUGAAGAUAGAAGGGUGCAUUGGCUUAAAUUUGCAGCAAAUAAUCCUAUGUCGUUUAUGAAGAUGUAAUUGAUCUAAAAUUUCAUAAAAAUUAGUCUUAUUUAUGUAUUAGGAUCUUAAGCUAUGAAUCAUCUUAAACUAGGACUUAUAGUAAUUAGACUUUUUAUGUAUUAGGAUUAGCUAUCUUUUAAUUACCAAAUGAUAUGGUGA